CACACACACACACACACACUUCAAGACUGUCCAGAUAGACUUGAUUCUGUCCUGGCCCCAUCAUUAACUCCUGUAUCUUUCCUCACAACAUCUCCUGAGACUUCAUUCUAACUCCGCAGUCAUGGGGAAAGGCUUUUAUAUCAGUAAGCCCACAGGGUUUGUGCUACUCGGGUUGGGGGCCGGGGCCGUUCUCACCAUCCUUACUUUAUCAGUGGUCUACUCUCAGGAGAAACGCAAAAACGAGGCGAAUAGCAUCGACGAGACUCGUAUGGUGAUGACCACAGCAGCCUACAGCACCUCAGCACCAUCAAACGAACCCUGGGACAAGUACAGACUGCCUGACACACUUCGUCCUGAGUACUACAACGUGACGCUCUGGCCUCGGUUGGUGGCGGACAAGCAGGGCAUGUACAUUUUCACUGGGGAAUCUGGAGUGGCAUUCAAGUGCGUGAAGGAGACCAACCUGAUCAUUAUUCAUUCCAAUAAACUGAACUUCACCUUGACGUCGGAGAUGCAGCAUGCGAAACUGACGGGUUUGAAAGGGACACACGCUCCGGCCGUGCUGAAAACCUGGUUUCAAACACAAACACAGUUUAUGGUGAUUCAACUGAAAGAAAAUCUACAAGUUGGAAAAUCCUACUGGCUCUACACAGAAUUCCGUGGAGAGCUGUCAGAUGACCUAGGAGGAUUUUACAGGAGCGAAUACGUGGAAAAUGGCGUGAAAAAAGUUGUUGCCACAACACAAAUGCAGCCCACUGCCGCCCGGAACGCUUUCCCCUGCUUUGAUGAGCCGUCAAUGAAGGCCAUUUUCCAUUUGACUCUCCUACACCCUCCUGGAACUGUGGCCCUUGCUAACGGCAUGGAGCUGGGUACUGAAAGCAUGACCAUAAAUAAUCAAGAGGUUUUACGGACCAGAUUUGAGCCAACUGAAAAAAUGUCAACAUAUCUGUUGGCCUUCGUCGUCAGCGAAUUCAUCAACAUACGAUCCCCACCAGAGGCGAAUGUUUUGAUCAGAAUCUGGGGACGUAGAGAAGCCAUUGCGAAUGGACAGGGAGAUUACGCCCUUAAUAUGACAUUCCCUAUUUUGAAGUAUUUCGAAAAGUAUUACAACACCAAAUACCCCCUAUCCAAAUCAGACCAAAUCGCACUGCCUGAUUUCGCUGCUGGAGCAAUGGAAAACUGGGGUCUGGUCACAUACCGAGAAACAUCUCUUUUCUACGACCCAAAAGUGUCCUCUAAUGAAGAUAGAGAAUGGGUGGUCACUGUAAUCACACAUGAACUUGCACACAUGUGGUUUGGGAACCUCGUGACCAUGAAAUGGUGGAACGACCUGUGGCUCAACGAAGGCUUUGCGAGUUAUGUGUCAUAUCUUGGAGCUGAUUAUGCUGAGCCCACCUGGAAUAUUAAAGAUCUGAUGGUGCUGCAGCAGGUUCAGAGGGCAUUUGCAGUCGACGCUCUUGUUUCCUCACACCCGCUGUCUUCACGAGAGGAUGAAGUCAUUACACCGGAUCAAAUCGAUGAGCUGUUUGAUACCAUCACCUAUAGCAAGGGGGCUGCAAUACUGAGAAUGCUGUCUGAGUUUCUCUCGGAGUCUGUCUUUGCUAAAGGACUUCAUAACUACUUGCAUGAGUAUGCAUACAGCAACACUGUACACACAGAUCUUUGGAAAGAACUGCAGGAAGUUGUAGAUGCAGAUUCAAGCAUCCAGCUCCCAGCCUCAAUAAAUGAAAUUAUGAAUCGCUGGAUUCUUCAGAUGGGUUUCCCUGUAGUUACUAUUGACACUCAAACAGGAAGUAUCUCUCAGCAACACUUCCUGAUAGACCCAGAGGCAGUAGUAGACAAGCCGUCUGACUACAAUUACGAAUGGUUUGUGCCAAUCACGUGGAUGAAGAAUGGCAAUAACAUGGGCCAGCACUGGCUGCUUACUAAAACUGCUUCAUAUGAGUCUAUGAAGACAGAUACUGACUGGAUAUUGGCCAACCUAAAUGUCACGGGAUACUACAGGGUUAAUUAUGAUUCCCACAACUGGGAACGUCUUCUUACACAACUGACUUCAGAUCAUAAAGUUAUUUCAGUUCUUAACAGGGCCCAGAUCAUUGAUGAUGCAUUUAAUUUGGCAAGGGCAGAGAUAAUCAACAUAACCCUGGCUUUGAGAACAACCCAGUAUCUCUCAGAGGAGAAAGAGUACAUACCGUGGGAAUCUGCCAUAAGAAAUCUGGAGUACUUUUUCCUCAUGUUUGACCGAUCAGAAGUUUUUGGACCUUUGCAGACUUACCUGCGGGGAAAGGCGCAACCUCUUUUUGACCACUUCAAAGUUAUCACAUCAAACUGGACUCAGAAACCCCCAAGAUACAUGGACCAAUCCAACCAACAGAAUGUUAUUUCAAUGGCCUGCAAAACUGGAGUGAAAGGAUGUUCAGAGCUCACUAGGAUGUGGUACAGACAAUGGAUGAAGAAGCCUGACAGUAACCCAAUUCCCCCACAUCUGAAGCCCAUUGUGUACUGUAAUGCCAUUGCCACCGGUGGUGUUGAGGAGUGGGAUUUUGGAUGGGAGAUGUUCAAGAAAAGUACUAUUGGUGGAGAGGCAGAUAAAUUAUUAUUUGGUCUAUCAUGCACUAAAGUGCCCUGGCUGUUAAACAGGUACCUGGAAUAUACAAUGAAUCCGAACCAGAUCAGGAAGCAGGACGUUAUCUUCGUCAUUGUGUAUGUUGCGGGCAACGAAAUAGGCCAACCGUUGGCUUGGGACUUUACCAGAGCCAACUGGGAAUCUAUAAUUAAAGAUUAUGAAGGUGGAUCCUUUUUUGGAAGUUUGAUUCUGGGCGUCAUAAAAAAGUUUUCUACAAAAUUUGAACUUCAACAGUUACAACGAUUCAAAGAGGACAUUGCAGCGAGUGGUUUUAGUUUUGGCACACAUGCAAUAGAACAGGCCAUUGAGCGGACGAAAGCCAACAUUAAAUGGGUGUCUGAAAACAAAGCACAAGUAAUGAAUUGGCUGAUGGAACAGUCGGUGUCAUUGUGAAUGUUCUAUAUUUUUGUACAUUAUAUUUUCAUAUUUACAUGACUAUUUUUAGUAAACAUUUAUAUUUUGAAAACACAUAGCUUUUCUAAUCAAGUCUGAUUAUCUGAUGUUCUGUGCCUUUGAUUAAUAUAUUAGAUAAUUAAAAUAUUUUGUGGUAUAUUAUUAUAUUAGUCAUUUAUAAUCCUGAAAAAAUGUAUAUAUUUGUAUGCAUUUAAAUAUUUUGCAAUAAACAUGCUCUAAAGCUCUAGUUUUA